AUGCUCGCGCGUCGAGCGUUCGACGGGUUGAGACGAACGCGAAUCACCGCGCGUCGUUCGAUCGCGUUAAACAUGAAAGACGUCGGUGAGGACGGAAACUCGACCUCGGUUCCGUGGUGGAGACGGUCGAGCGUGAUUGCGACGAGAGCGACGUCUUCGAAUGCGACGCCGAGCGCGCAGGACGAGAAGAUCGCCACGGAGGCGACAUCGAGGGCGCAGGCAUCCGUGUUAGCCACGUUCGCGAGCUGGUUCGCCAAUCGCUCGGGGACGAUACAUCCCGCGGUGAAGAUGACGUAUCGCCCGCAGAGCGGGUGGUUGCUCGAGGCGAAUGAAAACAUCCAGGCGAACGAGCGCUUGGUUUUUCUGCCUUCCACCUUAAUGCUAAGAUGUGACGGAGAAAACAUAAGUGAAGCGCUCCGAAGGGUCAUCGAGGGCGUUCCGGGGGAGUUCUGGAGCUCCAAGCUGGGACUCGUGCUCCUACGCGAGCGCGUUGCGGGUCAGCACUCCGCCUUCGCGCCAUACGUGAACCUUUUGCCGUCCGUGCACGAGGGAUCACCGACAUUUUUUCAACCCGAGGCGAUUCAAGAGUUACAAUACGCGCCGUUGGUGGCGCAGGUGAACAAGCGCGCACGUUUUCUGGCCAGCUUUUUCCGAGCUGCUGGCGGCGCCAUGACGGUGGAUGACGGCGAAGCGUAUGUCAACGAGAGUCAUCCUGAACGCCGACGCGUCGAGAUGACGAUUGACGCCAACGCGUUGGGUUGGGCGACUGUAUGCGCUAGCAGCAGAGCGUUUCGGGUCGAAAAAUCUUCCAUGCCGACAUUACUACCAGUGAUCGACGUUUGCAACCACUCGUUUGACGCUUCGGCUCGCGUGCGCGAGUGUGAAAACGGCGUGGAGUUGGUGACGACGAGAGAUCUCAAGGCUGGCCAGCCGAUAGAACUCUGCUACGGUGAAUUAUCGAACGACGAGCUGUUCCUAGACUACGGCUUCAUCGUCGAAGACAACGCCUUCGAUACGGUAAAACUUCGAUGGGAUCUCAAACUGAUCGAGUUGGCGAGAGAAAUUGGUGGAUUGGCAACCGCUCCUAUAGGUGCCGCCGCGGCGGUAGAUGACGAACACGGAUCUAGUACUAGUAUCGAUGACGUGGUAUUGCUUGCCCCGUUUCAGAAACAAGCGUUGGAGCGCAUCGGUCUCAGUGCAGACGGUGGCGGCAACGUCGAACUGAAUAUUCGCGCGAGCGGAGACGUCAUGGACAAGAAAGCGCUCGCUGGUUUGCGCGUCUUAUACUCUAAGACGGCUGCCGAGGCGUCGCGAGCGGCCGACGCGCCGUACGGCGAGAUCGGUGCGCGCGUUGUCUCGACGGAUGUCGAAAUCAAAGCUCUUCGAACGUCCAUGGCGCUCGCAGCGUUGGCGCUUGGGAAUUUUCCAACCACUCUAGCCGAGGACCGCGAGUCUCUGCGCGACGGCUCUGUCGCGUCGCCCCAGGCGCGACUAGCGGUGAGGUAUCGCGUGGAGAAGAAGAAGAUAUUAAUCGCGUGCAUGGCUCGCCUGAACGCCUCGAUCGAGGAUGCACUUAGAGAGUAG